AUGGCGAUUCAAGGUGCUGAGCAGACAAUCCUUAGGGAUCCGGCGCUAUUCUAUUGGAUUCUGUUUCCUAUUUCAAUUGUUAUGAUCCUGACCGGAAUUCUCCGUCACUAUGCCACCGUUUUGAUGAAUUCGACCCCCAAGUCGCCAGCCAGUCUUGCCGAGUCUCGCGAGCGCCUUGCCCUUCUACGCGGCGUUAACCUCCGAAACAAUGCCUGCUCCGUGCUCGACCGCGAGUCCUUUGAAAUGCGCAAGAACUACAUGAUCACGGGAUUCCGCAGCGGCGCAUUUCUCAAAGACCCCAACAACCGGGGCCAGCCGCCCGCGAACCCUAUGACUGACCCUGCAGGCAUGGAAGCCAUGAUGGGCAUGUUGAAGGGAAACAUGAUGAUGAUGAUUCCACAGACCCUGAUCAUGAGCUGGAUCAAUGCCUUCUUUUCUGGAUUCGUGAUCUUGAAACUGCCCUUCCCGCUUACCAUCCGCUUCAAGUCCAUGCUCCAGUCUGGUGUUAUGACUCGUGACCUUGACGUGCAAUGGGUGUCCAGUCUUUCUUGGUACUUCCUCAACCUGAUGGGUCUGCAGUCCGUUUUUGGAUUCAUCCUCGGCAGUGAUAAUGCUGCCAACCAAAUGGCUCAGCAAAUGGGCAUGGCCAACCCCGCUGCAAUGGUCAACCCGCUGCAGCCCGGCCAGGAUCCUGACAAGCUGUACCUGAACGAAGCAGAGAACUUGGAGGUCAUGGAGCACUUCUGCAUUUUGAAUGGUGUGGAAGAGCGCAUUCUGCAGAACUUUGCUCCCGCUGGGAUUUAA